ACACACUGCAAUGUCCAAUGGCAUGAGUGCAAAGGCUGCACCACCCUCUCUACAAAAACCGCCUCCAUCAGUGGAGACACCUUUUGCUGGAAACAGGGCAGGGACUGAGACCAGGCAGACAACAGGUAAAGGAACUGAAGAUGGCAACCGCUUCAGAUAAGAAUGUAGAGUUUGUGCGAACAGGCUAUGGCAAGAACACAGUGAAGGUGCUGGUCAUCAGGAGACAGGGCAGCCGCCACUCCAUCAUCGAGCUAAAAGCCAACGUGGAGCUUACGCUGAAGUCGCGCAAGGAUUAUCUGACUGGGGACAACUCAGACAUCAUCCCCACUGACACCAUCAAAAACACCGUCCAUGCCCUGGCCAAGCUCAAGGGGGUAAAGACCAUUGAGCAGUUUUGCCUGGAUAUCUGUAAUCAUUUCCUGACCUCUUUCAACCAUGUACUGAGGGCCAAAGUUUACAUGGAGGAGGCUCCGUGGAGAAGAUUAGAGAAGAAUGGUGUAGAACACGCUCACGCAUUUAUCUUCAGCCCAGAGGCUUGUCGCUUCUGCGAUGUUGAACAGAAUCUCAAUGGCAUCCCAGUGGUUCACAGUGGGGUGAAGAACAUGACAGUGCUGAAAACCACCCAGUCUGGUUUUGAGGGUUUCUUACGGGACCGCUUCACUACUCUGCAAGAGACCAAAGACAGGUGUUUCUGCACCUCUGUCUACUCCAGGUGGUGCUACAACAAGGUUCAGGAUGUCGACUUUGAUGCUGCAUGGAAGUGUGUGAAGGAGACAAUUAUUGAGAAGUUCGCUGGCCCCUAUGAUCGUGGAGAGUACUCACCUUCUGUGCAGAAGACCCUUUAUGAGACACAGGUUCUGGUCCUGGACAGAGUCCCUGAGGUGGAUGAAAUAGAGAUUGUGAUGCCCAACCAGCAUUACUUCACCAUAGACAUGACAAAAAUGGGCCUUGUCAACAAAGAUGAAGUACUUCUUCCCCUGGAUAACCCCUCUGGGAACAUCACAGGGACAUUACGCAGGAAACAGCGAGCGAAGCUGUAAAGGCACCGAUGCAAAUCCAGAAAAUGCUGCUGCUGUGAUCAACCCCAAUAGGCUCUUUAGACAUACAAGUCAUGGUUCGUGAAAUCUAAUCAAGUUUGACAAACAAAAAUUACCUCUUAGAUAUUUUGGUCAGAAUUACAACUACAGCUCAAGAUUUCCCAAACAUGAUUAAAGCUUUUGACCAUGUGAAUGUGUAAGCAAAUAAAAUUAAAGAAAAUAAAACCACUGUCAAUGAA